AUGUUUCGGCUACUGUUUAAAGGCACUGAUGUAUUUCUCAAAAAGACAGAAAAGAUAUUUGUAAAAGAAGAGCACUAUCUAAAAGACCUGGUACGGUUAUUAGAAAAAACCCCAAAAAGAAUUUUAAUCAAUUAUAUGUCGUGGUGCUUUUUAAGAUCCAGAUUAUCCGAUAUCAAAGAAGAUUUGAAAAAUCUCAUUCAAGACUUUAAUGUGGUGUUCACCGGAGACGUUAAAGAAGUUUCUAGGUGGUUGGAUUGCGUAUCAAUUACCAGUUCAUAUUUUGCGUUUAAUGUUGGAUAUAAGUACGUCACCAAGUACUUCGACAAGUCUACGAAAGACAUGGCUACAGAAAUGGUUAAUAACAUUCAAGAGGCUUACAUGGAACGAUUAGAGAACAUAGUAUGGAUGGAUUCGAUUACUCGUCAAUCCGCUAUCGAUAAAUUACAAUCGAUGCACAAGUUUAUCGCAUACCCUGAUUGGUUCGAAGACACUUCGUAUUCACACAGUAAACUAAAAAUUGUAAAUAUGACGGACAGUUAUUUAAUGAACUUGGAGAUCCUACAAAUUGAAUCAAACUUAAAAAAGCUUUCAAAAUUAAACAGUAUUCACAAUCAUACAGAAUGGACGACGGAUAUAGUUAGUGUAAACGGAUACAACGAUAUCUACUCGAACGCAAUAGUUUUGCCGGCCGGAAUGUUACAACUUCCAUUUUAUCACAAGGGUCGAAUUCAAGCUUUAAAUUAUGGAAUGGUGGGCUUAGUCGUAGGACACGAAAUAAUGCAUGCAUUUGACGAUUCCGGUAGAAUGUAUGACAAACAUGGUAAUAGACGACAAUGGUGGACUCAAGAAACAAUGGAGACGUUUUCGAUAAAAGCUGAAUGUUUCGUACAACAGUAUAAUAAUUAUAGUUUGACUGUCCAGGGAAAUCAAGUUAAGAUAAACGGCCAAAUGACUCAAAAUGAAAACAUAGCAGAUAUAGGUGGUUUAAGUCAUGCUUAUAUGGCAUACCAAAAAUACGUAUCGACGCAUGGAGCAGAAAACCGGCUACCUGGAUUAGAGGAUCUGUCACCCGAACAAUUGUUUUUCGUAGGAUUCGCUAGUAUAUGGUGUGAAUCGACAACUGAACAGGCAUUAUUAAAUGAUUUAUUGACCGACGUCCAUAGCCCGGGUAAAAUUCGAGUAUUAGGAACCUUGUCGAAUUCUAACGAAUUUGCCAAAGCUUUUCGAUGUCCAAUCGGGUCUCCCAUGAAUCCGUCAGAAAAAUGUAAAAUUUGGUAA